UCUUCCUCGACCCAGCUCCCGAGUUCUUUAAGACCAUAUGCACAUCAUCAGCUAGCUGAUCGAGGCGGAGGCACGUCAAUUUCACCGAAAGCAGUCUCGAUCCUUGUCCGUGUCCAGCAACGCUAAAGUGGAUACAGCCUGUACAAGACGCGAGAUCGUAUCGCAGGCACUAUGGCCAACCGCGAACUGUCUGUCGGCAUAGUUGGUGCUGGCAUUGGCGGCGUAAUGGCCUCCAUUGCAAUUGCUCGUGCUGGAGCUAAAGUCACCAUAUUAGAAGCCGCAGCCCAGCUAGGAGAGAUUGGCGCAGGCAUACAAAUGACGCCGAAUGUAGCAAGCUUGCUUAUACGAUAUGGGAUCGACAAAGCGAUUGGAUCAGACUUGGUCCGUUUCACUGAACUCAACCUGCGAAAUAAGGACGGCACAGCAGUCGGAUACGCGAACACUUCGCGGGUCGAGGAUACCCUAGGGUAUCCAUGGUGGUUGGUUCAUCGACACCACCUACAUAACGGUCUUGUGCAAGUCGCUCGUGCGAAUGGCGUCCACAUUGUCAUUGAUAGCAGGGUGGCAAAGCUCCAAUGGCGACCGGACGGAGCCAGCGUGCGCACGGAGAAAGGCAAGGAUUACAACUUUGAUCUGGUCAUUGGAGCAGACGGCGUCCAAUCGAUCGUCAGAAGGACAUUGUUCCCAAGUGUCAAGCCUAAGCCGCCUACUGGCAAUUGCGCCUAUCGAGCAAUAGUACCCUACGACGAAGUUCGGGCUGACCCUCUCACCCGUGAUCUUGUGGAAGACAAGGACGGCAACCCCGUGCGGACUAUGGAGGUCUGGAUGGCGCCGACAGGUUACAUCAUCAGCUAUCCAAUAUCAGACGCCAAGGACUUCAAUAUGGUUCUCUCGCACUUCCGUGAUCCACCCGUCAGCCAAGUCCAGGAAGUGGACGUACAAGAAGUACGGGACGAGUAUAAGGAUUACGAUCCACGAAUUCGUCGUACCAUCGAGAAGAUCAAGCCUCCCAUCUCGCGAUGGCCGCUUCUGGUGACCGGACCAUUGGAGUCGUGGUCCAACAGAGAAAAGAACAUUGUUCUCAUGGGAGAUGCUGCACAUUCAAUGGUUAACCACAUGGCUCAAGGAGCGGCAACUAGUAUGGAAGAUGGCGCCUUCCUUGCACGGUGUCUUCGGGAGGUCGUAAACGGCCGGCUCGCACUCUCUGAAGCCGUUACUAUUUAUGAGAAGUGCCGCAUGCCCAAGGCAAGCUACAAGCAGCAGGUCUCUUUCCUGAACGGAUGGUUGUGGCACCUCCCGAACGGUCCCGCACAACAAGCUAGAGACAGGACUAUGGAGGGUGAGCUACGGGGGGAGAUAUGUAUGAGGAGCGCAAACCUCUACGGCGACCCUCAAACGGUGCUAGAAUGCUAUGGCUACGACGCUGAAGCGCACGCUGACGAGGAAAUCGCGACCUGGCUGAACGGUGGGAAGCCGGUCAGAGACGCUGCGACAACAAUAGUAAAGCCAGAGGCCGACAAGAUUGCCAAUUGGUUCUUACCCGAAGACAUGAAGUUCGAGAUCAGGUCGCGGUUGUGAGAAGGCAUGAGUUGGUGUGCACACAGGGCGUCGCAGCCGGCUCAGGGCAUAUAGUUGUUCAGAACGGCAUGAUGAUGGGAUGAAAUGGCUGGGGUUCUCCCACGGAGCAAGAACAACUGACAUCACGCUAUCCGCAACAACGUCACAACACUUGCUCUUGCUACCGUACAUGGCACAUCGUGCAUGUCUGGGGAUUGCUGCAAGGUUGUGGACUUGUGUGUAAGCCGUGAAGUUCU